ACGACUUCAACAACAGAUGCGGCUGCGAGCCUAAUCCGCUAUUGAGAACAAUGAAUCGAGUUUUAAGGAAUUAUCCGAAGGGCCCGCUGUGUCCCAUUACAGAAGGUACAGGAGCGGUUACAACGUGGACCGUCAAGCCCACACAAGCGAUACAGACGACUACAACAGUGGAUCGCGACAGUUCCGGCGAGUUUAAAGUCAUCUGCUAUUUCACUAACUGGGCCUGGUAUCGGCAAGAGGGUGGCAGAUUUGUAUUUGAUAUAGACUCCGAUCUCUGUACCCAUGUGCUUUACGGAUUCUCCGUGCUAGACGGUAGUAGCUUAACGAUGAAAUCCGACGAUCCCAGGUUCGAUAUAGACAACAAGUUUUACGAAAGGGUGGCGGCGUUCAAGGCAAAGGGUCUGAAAGUGCUGAUGGCACUGGGAGGCUGGAACGAUUCGGCCGGCGACAAAUACAGUAGACUGGUAAACUCGCCGUCGGCUAGGCGAAGAUUUAUCACGCAAGUUCUUGACUUCAUCAAGAAGUAUGGUUUCGAGGGUCUCGAUCUCGAUUGGAAAUAUCCGGUAUGCUGGCAAGCGGACUGCAACAAGGGCCCGGAGUCUGACAAGCAAAGCUUCGCUGAGCUGGUUAAGGAACUGAGUAACAAGUUUAAGCCUCGAAAAUUACUUCUCUCUGCGGCAGUAUCGCCAAGCAAGAGAGUGAUCGACGUGGGAUACGACGUUCCUAUCCUGUCCAAAUACCUGGACUGGAUAUCCGUGAUGACGUACGACUUCCAUGGUCAAUGGGACAAAAAGACUGGCCACGUAGCACCGCUGUAUUCUUUACCGAAUGACUGGAAACCGACAUUUAAUGCCAACUUUUCGAUCCAUUAUUGGAUAGAGAAAGGUGCAAAUCCGAAAAAGUUGAUCAUGGGCACCCCAUUGUACGGCCGAUCAUUUUCACUUGCGGCGAGUAGCGUACACGGAUUAAACGCGCCAACCUAUGGCGGCGGCGAAGCUGGAGAGGCGACCAAUGCAACAGGCUUCUUGUCAUAUUACGAGAUAUGUGAAAGAACGUUGAAGAAGGGA